CUGACGGGAUUUCACUCCAACUAAACAAUUUCCCCUCCUGCCUUGUCAAAAAUUUUUGCUUGGGCCAACCAAAUAGUGCAAAUAUUUUCAGUUUUCUGCGCUAUUGCGUGACUUUCUCAACAGAAAAUUAUUCCCAUUGGACUUCAGGAUAAUCUUGAGAUUCGUGCUGGACGAAAGGAAGACAGUGUAUGCGGACACAAUGACGAGAAAUUACGCAAAAUCAUGCAGAAUUUGCCUAGCUGAAGGCUCCCGCGAUAUUUUCACCUCAAUGACUCCCGGAACGGGACGCUGCGACAUUUCAGUGUCGUCUGUGUCGCGUCUCCUGGAGAAAUUCCGCUUUGUCACGAUGAUGCAGAUUUCCGAGAGCGACAACCUGCCCACCCUCAUCUGCGAUUCCUGCAUCGUAGAACUCAAUGUGGCAUACAAUUUCAAGCGUCAAGCCAUCGAUACGAGUAUCUAUCUCCAGAGGCAUAUGAUUGAGAUGGGCAGAGUUACUGAUGACAUUGACAUGAGUCCUCCCAGAUUUCAGUCUAGUGUCCCAGCUCCGGCCAAGGAGACACCGCUGGAGGUUAAGGAGGAAAUGCUGGAGCCUCAGUGUCAAAUUCCUGCCAGUACCAUUGCCUCCAUGGCCACAAAUUCCGGCAGUCCAACAACCUCCGUGGCUUCCGGAAGUUCUCGCUCAAUGGUUCUGGUGAACACCAACAGUUUCUCCACCAUUGGGGCGGAUUCGACGUCUGACAAGGACUUUGUGGAAUCCUACUUGCCGCCCAAGAAACGUGGCCGGGAAUUCCAGGUGCAACUUCUCACCCCAACGCCUUCGCCUCACGAAGAGAAGCCCAAUAAUCCACCCACGGAUAAUGCAUCGGACGUGGAGGUGUCCAAAGAGAGCAGGAAUAGUAGACACAAUCCCACCACGACGCACAACAAACAAAUCACCUUGAGGCCCAGACCUUCGCUGAAUUACUCAGAGAAAAGAGUCAUCAAUAGGUCAUCAAAUAGAGCACCCAAACGGGACAAAAGCAACAGCAGCAACCGGUCCAGAAAUACUCGGGGAAGAUUCAAGACAACUUCACUCACAUCUCCGGCCGGGCAGUCAAUCAAUCCAGUGGCCGUGGUGAAGACAAUGCUGCGGAGUCGAGGGAAACGUUUGACGAUUUCCUAGAAGUCUCCAGGAGGCUGCUGUACAUUCUGCUAAACCAUCCCCCUGAACACCUUUUUCCCCCCGGCCCCCCUGUUUCGCAGUACAAGACACUCCCUGAGCCACCUAAGAGGCACCACCUGAGAAAGAUUAGGGAUCCCAUUCCCCAAAGCAAAGAGAGGUUUUACUGUUGCUCCCUCACUCCCUUAAUUUUAUUACUACAAUUCUUUCUGUCUCUUGGUAAAUUAUUACAUUUCAGAAGUGGGAAUGCAAUUGCAAAAAUCACAAAUGUUUUGCAUUACAAAAAAAAAAAAAACACAAAUUUGACGCUGUAACUGGAAAUAUUUAUAAAAAAAAAGAAAAACAAAUAAAAUAAAAAAUUCUGGGACCCAAUUGGACUUUGAUUUUAAAAGAUUUAAUCAACUUUAAGGUGCGUCUAUAACAAAGUUUUUUUGAAGCUAUUUUAGAAUAAGUUAACAUUAUUUACUCCUUGCUAUUAAGUUUAUUCUGAUGAACUAAUUAACAAAAACCUAAUUUUAAAAGUAGUUAGAGAAUUUUUCGUAAAAAUCUAAAGGAUUAAAAUUUGUAAAAAUUCGAAAAUUUUGUCAACAAAAAAAAAUAUUUAUAAAAAAAAAACAUUUUGCAAUUAAGAAAUGGACUUGAAAGCUCAGAAAUGAGAAAUAGUUUUAGGAGUACGAAAUGAAAUUGAAGAGUUUUUACAUUGAAAAUUACAAAAAGAAAUAAGUUUAAAAAAUUGUUGAAAUUCAAAGUGAUUGGAAUACUAUUGAGAUUGUUUUUUUGAGAAUUGGACCUAACAUGAUUUUACUAGUAGUAAGAUUUGAUCAAGUUUAGAUUUAACAAAGAAGUUUAUCUUUUCAAAAUUAUCCUGAAUAAAUUACUUUUUUGAGGGAAUGGAAUCCUUGCCCAGUACAAGAAUUCCUCUCCAAAAUAUUUAACAAAAAAAUCCACUUGUCUCUUUAAGUAAAAAACAAAAAAAAAACACUAGCACUGUUAGUCAUUGCAAUAAUUGUCUCCCUUAUUUAGUUUUUUGCUGUUUAAGUCUCAUAAAAUCAAUGUAAAUUAAAUGGCGUGUAAAUUCUGCAAAAAAAA